AUGCCAAAUCACAAAACCGACGGGGCAUAUGCAAGACCCUCAUCUAUCAAAGACUACCAGCCGUUCGCCAAGUUACCAAUCAUCCCCUUGCUCAUAUCAGGAACUCCUCAUGUGUACAUCUUCUUCGUCAUCUCCGGCGAUGGCCUAUCAUACAAGCCACUCAAGCCCUGUCGGCAGAGGCGUUUCGAUGAAGCAGCCUCGGUGCUUUCGGCAUCCACAUUCCGCCGCCAGGCCCGGCUGUUUGUCCCGGCCACGAUCAUCACCAUUUUCUGCGCUGUUAUGACGCCUCUCAACUGGUAUGGCAAGGCCGAGCACACGCCCGGGGUCGCUCUUCCAGAAAUUGAGCCACCACACCUUGACAGCUUCUGGGACCAGACGAAAGACUUCGGCUGGAACCAGGUUGCCUUCAUGGACCCCAUCGGACGCACCGUCGCAAGGUCUGAUCCUGGAGAGCAAGUCACGCAGCUUCACCAUCCGUACGACUACGCGCUCUGGACCCUCCCUGUCGAGUUCCACAGCUGCAUGGUGUUGCUUAUGUUUCUCAUGGCAUUAAGCAGAGUCAAUAGUAUAGCUCGAAUGGUGGUUGUCCUCGUUUCGGCUGUAUUGCUCGAAUUCAUCUUCAUUUACUGGGCCGUUUUCCUCUUCCUCUCCGGGAUGCUGAUCUGCGAUCUCCGGAUGGAAAUCGAGGAGCGCUCGUUACGGAGACCGGCAUCGAAGCCUAGUAUCGAACCAUGGUUGAGAGCGACACUUGGAAGCAUAGGGGGUGUGCAAUAG